CAGAGAACAUUAGGGACACAGAGGGGGGGGAGAUUCCUCAAACGCUGCAGACCACACAGGACCCCGUCUCUGCAAAAGCGACAGGCCUCUCCCAUCACAGAAAUUCAUCCUUGGAGACAUCUCACUCUCCUCUUCCACCCAGCGAUGAAUACGGCAACCCGCUGCAUCAUUCUCCUGGCCUGCGCCGCCAUUUGCACUUCCAACAGUCCAAUUCUGAACUGCCGCUGCGUUAAAAACAGCGAUGCCGUGUCUCGCCAUCUCAUCGCUCGCAUAAAGCAGCUCCCGCCUCGCUGGUACUGCAACAGGGAAGAACUCAUUGCCGUGCUGAAAGAUGGGAGAGAGAAGUGCCUCGCCCCCAACGGGAGGUUCGCCCAAGCGAUCAAGAGAUAUAGAACGCAGAGGGCAAUGACUCGCAAGACCAGCACCACCGGCCCCAAAACCACCGCGGCAUGAGGGCCCACAACGAUUGCACCCUGUUAAACUGUCCGUGACAGCCCUGUUUGAGAUGUAUUCAAGCUUGCCAGUAAUAAUGUGAAGGUUGGUAAAGGUGACAGUUUGUGGAACUGUUUGUAUUUCUACACCACACUGAAUGUAAUUGUCUGUAACGGCUGACCAUGAUGUACAACACUGACUCCUCAAACGUGCUGAAAAACUCCAAUAAAGAUGAACUGUAAAAGAAAA